ACUGCGGUCACACUGCUCGCAAGUGAAUUGGAACAAGGAGAUUUUAUUGCGUUAGAAAAGGUUCAAAAUAGGCACAAAGUGCCUGAAAAUAUCGUAACUGACCGGAAGUAACAUAACUUUAACCAAGUGCCUCGAAAAAUAGAUGUUUUUAAAAGCUCAAGAAUGGUGAUAACAGACGUCCAAUAAGAAUUUUCAAAGAGCCAAUUAUUUAUACAGCCGACGACUAUUUUUUAGCCGCCUGCUGUGGCGACAAUGGACGGCGUUAAGGUUGAGACGUUCAUCAAAAGCGAAGAAAACCGAGCGAUGCCCUUGAUCGGAGGAGGCAGUGCCUCAGGCGGCACUCCUCUGCCAGGAGGCGGCGUGGGAAUGGGAGCCGGAGCAUCCGCAACGUUGAGCGUGGAGCUGUGUUUGGUGUGCGGGGACCGCGCCUCCGGGCGGCACUACGGAGCCAUAAGCUGCGAAGGCUGCAAGGGAUUCUUCAAGCGCUCGAUCCGGAAGCAGCUGGGCUACCAGUGUCGCGGGGCUAUGAACUGCGAGGUCACCAAGCACCACAGGAAUCGGUGCCAGUUCUGUCGACUACAGAAGUGCCUGGCCAGCGGCAUGCGAAGUGAUUCUGUGCAGCACGAGAGGAAACCGAUUGUGGACAGGAAGGAGGGGAUCAUCGCUGCUGCCGGUAGCUCAUCCACUUCUGGCGGCGGUAAUGGCUCGUCCACCUACCUAUCCGGCAAGUCCGGCUAUCAGCAGGGGCGUGGCAAGGGGCACAGUGUAAAGGCCGAAUCCGCGGCCACGCCUCCAGUGCACAGCGCGCCAGCAACGGCCUUCAAUUUGAAUGAGAAUAUAUUCCCGAUGGGUUUGAAUUUCGCAGAACUAACGCAGACAUUGAUGUUCGCUACCCAACAGCAGCAGCAACAACAGCAACAGCAUCAACAGAGUGGUAGCUAUUCGCCAGAUAUUCCGAAGGCAGAUCCCGAGGAUGACGAGGACGACUCAAUGGACAACAGCAGCACGCUGUGCUUGCAGUUGCUCGCCAACAGCGCCAGCAACAACAACUCGCAGCACCUGAACUUUAAUGCUGGGGAAGUACCCACCGCUCUGCCUACCACCUCGACAAUGGGGCUUAUUCAGAGUUCGCUGGACAUGCGGGUCAUCCACAAGGGACUGCAGAUCCUGCAGCCCAUCCAAAACCAACUGGAGCGAAAUGGUAAUCUGAGUGUGAAGCCCGAGUGCGAUUCAGAGGCGGAGGACAGUGGCACCGAGGAUGCCGUAGACGCGGAGCUGGAGCACAUGGAACUAGACUUUGAGUGCGGUGGGAACCGAAGCGGUGGAAGCGAUUUUGCUAUCAAUGAGGCGGUCUUUGAACAGGAUCUUCUCACCGAUGUGCAGUGUGCCUUUCAUGUGCAACCGCCGACUUUGGUCCACUCGUAUUUAAAUAUUCAUUAUGUGUGUGAGACGGGCUCGCGAAUCAUUUUUCUCACCAUCCAUACCCUUCGAAAGGUUCCAGUUUUCGAACAAUUGGAAGCCCAUACACAGGUGAAACUCCUGAGAGGAGUGUGGCCAGCAUUAAUGGCUAUAGCUUUGGCGCAGUGUCAGGGUCAGCUUUCGGUGCCCACCAUUAUCGGGCAGUUUAUUCAAAGCACUCGCCAGCUAGCGGAUAUCGAUAAGAUCGAACCGUUGAAGAUCUCGAAGAUGGCAAAUCUCACCAGGACCCUGCACGACUUUGUCCAGGAGCUCCAGUCACUGGAUGUUACUGAUAUGGAGUUUGGCUUGCUGCGUCUGAUCUUGCUCUUCAAUCCAACGCUCUUGCAGCAGCGCAAGGAGCGGUCGUUGCGAGGCUACGUCCGCAGAGUCCAACUCUACGCUCUGUCAAGUUUGAGAAGGCAGGGUGGCAUCGGCGGCGGCGAGGAGCGCUUUAAUGUUCUGGUGGCUCGCCUUCUUCCGCUCAGCAGCCUGGACGCAGAGGCCAUGGAGGAGCUGUUCUUCGCCAACUUGGUGGGGCAGAUGCAGAUGGAUGCUCUUAUUCCGUUCAUACUGAUGACCAGCAACACCAGUGGACUGUAGGCGGAAUUGAGAAGAACAGGGCGCAAGCAGAUUCGCUAGACUGCCCAAAAGCAAGACUGAAGAUGGACCAAGUGCGGGCAAUACAUGUAGCAACUAGGCAAAUCCCAUUAAUUAUAUAUUUAAUAUAUACAAUAUAUAGUUUAGGAUACAAUAUUCUAACAUAAAACCAUGGGUUUAUUGUUGUUCACAGAUAAAAUGGAAUCGAUUUCCCAAUAAAAGCGAAUAUGUUUUUAAACAGAAUGUUUGCAUCAGAACUUUGAGAUGUAUACAUUAGAUUAUUACAACAC